AUGAAAUACCUCCUUGUCUUCCUCGUCGUCUGCGUGGCGUUGGCUGCCGCUGCACCUCAAUUCUUCGCAGCUUACCCUGCGUACACCGGAUUCGCCCCCGCUACUAGGACCUUGGUAGCUGGUCCUACGGUUGUGAACAGCGCUGGUGCCCGCUACAUCGCCCCCGGCUACGUGGGUCCUGCAUUCUUCUAA